UUUGUCUAUGGCAAAUCCAUUGAUUUCGGCAGAAUCCUUGCGUGCACUUGCUUUCACGGAUGACCAGUGGAAAGCAUUUGUCCAGCUUGUGAAUCAAUGUAAGGCACCCCCACAUGAUAAGCUCGCAGGUAAGAAUUUAAAUACUACUGCAUGGUUACUGGAUUCCGGAGCAUCCUUACAUAUGACUGGCCAGGAAUCUAUAUUGACGAAUAUCCAUAAAAUUCCACCGAUGCCUAUAUUCUUACCAAAUGGAGAGGUUACACAUGCAACAAGCAAAGGGGAUGUGCAGUUGAGCAGAGCAAUUAAAAUGACUAAUGUGCUAUUAGUCCCUGGAUUAACGUGCAAUCUCAUAUCUUUAGCACAGUUAAUUGAUGAACAGAAAUGCGGUAUAUUUUUUGCUAAUGAUAUAUGUGUGAUACAGGACCUACUUUCGAGGACGCCGAUUGGAGCGGGUGAAAAACGGGGUGGUGUGUACUAUUUUCAUAGUUUGGAUCCUGUUCGUGCUUGCUCAAUAACAGAGGAACAAAGUGAUUUGUGGCACUCCCGGUUAGGACACCCGUCAGUCAAAGUUUUACGUUCUGUCAUUAAUUUCAAUAAUACUUUGUCAGAUAGAUGCUGCUCUAAAUAAAAGUUGUGACGCAUGUUUGCGUGGGAAAAAGACCCGUGAUGCUUUUCAUAUUAGUGAUUCAAGAGCACUUGAAAUAUUUGAUUUGAUUCAUUGUGAUGUGUGGGGUCCUUAUCGCUUUCCAGCGUCGUGUGGUGCUAGAUAUUUCCUAACCGUGGUUGAUGAUUAUUCACGAGCAGUAUGGGUUUUUUUGAUGAAAGAAAAAAGUGAAGUCUCACGGCUUCUUAAACAAUUUAUUGUAAUGAUAGAACGACAAUUUGGCAAACGUGUGAAAAUUGUUAGAAGUGACAAUGGAACAGAAUUUCAGUGUUUGAAAUCCUAUUUUAUGGACGAUGGAAUUCUUUUUCAAACAACCUGUGUAUAUACUCCUCAACAGAACGGAAGAGUUGAGCGAAAACACCGACACAUUUUGAAUAUCGCUCGAACUCUUCGUUUUCAUGCACACUUGCCAAUAGAUUUUUGGGGCGAGUGUGUGUUGGCUGCUUGUUAUCUUAUAAACCGAUUGCCUUCUUCUGUUCUGGAGUUUAAGAGUCCUUAUGAAAUAUUGCAUAAAAAGGCACCCAAAUAUGAUCAUUUACGUGUCUUUGGUUGUUUGUGCUAUGCACACACUCAAGGGAAAAAUGGUGAUAAAUUUGCUCCACGGGGGUUAAAGUGUGUUUUUUUUGGGGUAUGCCUAUUCACAAAAGGGAUGGAAAUUGUAUGAUAUUGAGAACCGACGAUAUUUUGUUUCACGUGAUGUCACAUUUGAUGAAACAAAAUUUCCCUAUGCCGACCUUGCCAAGGAGGAUACUUCACCGGUGGUUCCAUAUUCUCAAGCUACUAUAAAUAAUGAUGACCGGGCCCCAGUAUCACAUUUUGAUAAUCACAUGGAAGAGGAUUUGCAUGCAUCCAGUACUCCAUCAGGGGCUACAACGUGUGAAGAUGCUGCCAGCUCACGUAUAUUGUUGACAAAAGACCCACCUUGUGCCGGAGGAGCUGGGAUUCACGUGGAACCUAGUAACACAACGUUGGAUGACUCAGCUUCUGCGUCCAACCGUGAACGUGACACAUCUGUUUCCAUUGACCGACGCAGCACUCGCCCUAAGCAGCAGCCAGUGUGGCAUAAAGACUAUGUAGGUGCGGUCAAAAGUAUAGGUUUAGUCAACGGAAAUAAUAUCAACAUUUGACCGCACCUACACAUUUGGCCGGCUUUAUUAUUGUUCAUUUAUUAUUGUUAUUCUUUUUCCUUUUUGAAUGUAAAUUAGUUGUAGAUUAACUUUAUAGCUUACGUAUAGGAGAAUGAUUCUCAUUCGGUUAACCCAGUAGCGGCUAGACUUCUUGUAACUCAAUUGUAUAUAAGCUGAUUGAUGAUGAUUAAUGAGAUACGGAAAAAGAUUAUUCUGAUUCAAUUAC